UAAUUCGUUCUGAAAAUUUGAUACCUCAUUUAUUUUAUAUCAAUAUAACCCGAUAGUCGAAAGAAAACUAUGAAUACUAAUAAUUCAUCACCAAAUAAUUUUAGUAACAAUGUCCACGAAUCUAAUUUGCAAACAACAACUACGCAAGCAUACGAUACAUACGAUACAUAUACAUAUAGUAAUAAUGUUAAUAAUGCGAUUUUUGAUCAACAAUCCAUGUCGGACAACACCGUUUCUCAUCAACAAUAUCAGCAAUCCAAUGUCGCUUCACCUAAUCAUAAUCAUCAGCAACAAUAUCAAUAUAUUCAUCAACCCGGCAUUCCCAACAACACUGUUACUAUUACUCCUGAUCACAAUCGCCACCACAAUAAUCAACAACCCAUGUCAAACAAUAACGUUACUAUUUCUACUGAUAAUAAUCAUCACGCUUCAAACAAUAUUCCUCAUAAUAACAAUCAGCAGCAAUCCACGUCCAAUAACGUUUUACCUCCGCAACAAAAUCAACCUAGCGAUUCAUCUCAAUCUAAUAUCAUUCCUCUACUUAAUUCGUUUGGUAUUAAUAUUAGUUCUCCUCAGGCGACUAUUAUUAUUAUGCCUACAACUAAUUCGGAUAUUCAAAAUCAGCUUCAGCAAGUUCUUACUUAUUUGAAUCGUUCUCAACAAUAAAUUCGUAAUAUUCAAUGAAUAGGAUUUCAUGUUUCAUAAUAU